AGAAACUGUGAAUAUUUUGAAAAAGUUAGGGUUUCGCUUGAUGAAAUGGAUGAAGAUAGAGUGAAGAUCGAUGAAAUGGAAGAAGAUGAAUCAUCAGAACUGAAGAAGAUGAAGAAAACGAGAAAGUAUCUUCUCGAUGAAGAUGAUUAUGAUCUGUUGCGUGAGAAUAAUAACGAAAGCUUCAAAAAAUUCAAACGUCUUAAAAAGAAUGCUCAACACAAUCAAGUACUAUUUUCAGGAGACUUCGGGGAUGAUUUGGACGAAACCGACUUUGUAGAUGAGAUUGACGAUUUUGUUGUGGAUUCUUUUACUCCCGUUCGCACUUUGUGCGAACCACAAGUGUCUUCAUCAGCUUUACGAGAAGCUCGAGAGUUAUUUGGUGAUGUCGAUGAGUUGCUUUUGGCUCGCGAUCAUGUUCGAGGAACAAAUGAUUUUAGAGAGACUAGACUUGAAGAUGAUUUUGAGCCUAUUGUUCUCUCUGACAAAUAUAUGACUCAGAACGAUCACCGCAUUAGGGACCUCGACAUUCCGGAGAGAAUGCAGAUAUCCGAGGAGAGUACCGGUGCUCCUUCACUUGAUGAAAGUAGUAUAGAUGAAGAGGGUCGGUGGAUAGUUACUCAACUAAAACAUGGGGAAGUCCCUUGGAUUUAUAAGAAAGAUUCAAGGGAGGAGCUACCAGUUGACAAGGAUGAUAUUGUUAGAUUUUUGAAACUGCAUCAUGUGCAAAAUUUAGAUAUUCCUUUUAUUGCCAUGUAUCGGAAAGAGGAGUGUUUAAGCUUAUUGAAAGAUCUUGAUCAACAUGAAGCUGGUGAUGAUGAUAAUUGGGAUAAGAAUAACAAGACACCUACUCUAAAAUGGCACAAGAUACUUUGGGCUCUACAGGACCUGCACAGGAAGUGGUUGCUUCUUCAGAAGCGGAAGAGUGCCCUCCAUUUAUACUACAAUAAACGGUUUGAGCAAGAGUCGCGUUGUGUAUGUGGGGAAACAAGACGAAACUUGAAUAGGAAAUUGUUUGAAUCAGUAAUGAGAUCAUUGAAGGAGGCAGAAUCAGAGACAGAGGUUGAUGAUGUUGACUUCAAGUUCAAUUUGCAUUUCCCACCAGGUGAAGUGGGUGUUGAUGAGGGACAGUACAAAAGGCCAAAACGGAAGUCAAUGUAUAGCACUUUCAGCAAGGCGGGUAUGUGGGAGGUUGCAAACAGGUUUGGGUGUAGUUCUGAGCAACUUGGAUUAUGUAUGUCAGUAGUUAUGCUGCCUGAGUGGGAAGAUCCAAAGGAAACACCAGAAGAGGUGGCUUCUAACUUCACAUGUGCUAUGUACGAUACACCUGAAGAAGUACUUAAAUGUGCUAGGCACAUGACGGCUGUUGAGAUAAGUUGUGAGCCUAGCAUUAAGAAACAUGUUCGUUGGUGCUUUUCUGACCAUGCUGUUGUGUCAACCUCCCCUACUGCUGAUGGAAAUAUAACCAUGGAUUCCUUCCAUCAGUUUUCUGCGGUGAAGUGGCUGCGAGAAAAGCCUUUGUUUAAAUUUGAAGAUGUCCAGUGGCUCCUUAUACAGAAGGCAGAAGAAGCCAAACUCAUUCAAGUUACUAUUAAGCUUCCCGAUGAGUAUCUUAACAAGUUAAUAGACCAAUUCAACGAGUAUUAUGUUAGUGAUAGUGUUAGCAUAUCUGCUCAACUGUGGAAUAAACAGAGGAAGCUGAUACUGCAGGAUGCAAUUUUUCGAUUUCUGUUACCAUCAAUGGAAAAAGAAGCAAGAGGUGUCUUAGCAACCAAAGCAAAGCAUUGGGUACUGAUGGAGUAUGGGAAGGCCUUGUGGAAUAAGGUUUCUGUGGGGCCUUAUCAACAGAAUGAAAAUGAUCUUAGCCCGGAUGAUGAGGCUGCUCCUAGGGUCAUGGCCUGCUCUUGGGACCUUGGAAAGCCACAAACAACUUUUGUCAUGUUAGAUUCGUCGGGAGAAGUGCAAGAUGUGCUAUACACCGAGUCACUUACUUUAACGUCACAGGUUGUCAAUGACCAGCAAAGGAAAAAGAAUGACGAGAAACGACUGUCGAAGUUUAUAACAGAUCACCAACCACAUGUUGUUGUUUUAGGAGCAGCUAAUUGGCCUUGCACUCGUUUGAGAGAAGUUAUAUAUGAGGUUAUUUUUAAGAUGAUCGAGGAAAAUCCUAGAGAUGUUGUGCCUGACAUGCUCAACAUUGUGUAUGGUGAUGAAUCUCUGCCUCGUCUUUAUGAAAAUUCUCAAAUUUCUUCUGAACAACUUCCUUCACAGCAGCUAGGUAUAGUGAGGCGGGCUGUUGCUCUUGGUAGAUUUCUCCAGAACCCAUUGGCAAUGGUUGCAGCAUCAUGUGGGCCCAGAAAGGAAAUAUUGUCAUGGAAGCUGAGCCCUUUGGAGAGAUUUCUCAACCCAGAUGAUAAAAUUGAAAUGAUUGAGCAGGUUAUGGUAGAUGUGACCAAUCAGACUGGCUUAGACAUUAAUUUAGCAAUAAGUCAUGAAUGGUUAUUUGCUCCAUUACAAUUUAUUUCGGGGCUUGGUCCACGGAAGGCUGCAACCUUGCAGAGAUCGCUGGUAAGAGCCAGCUCAAUUUAUUCCCGGAAGGACUUUUUUACAGAACACCAACUUGGUAAAAAAGUGUUUGUCAAUGCAGUUGGUUUCUUGCGUGUCCGGCGGAGUGGAUUGGCUGCUAGUAGUAGCCAAUUUAUUGAUUUGCUGGAUGAUACACGAAUUCAUCCAGAAUCCUAUAUUCUUGCACAGGAGUUGGCCAAAGAUGUGUAUGAUGAGGAUGGCAAAGAUGAUGCAAAUGAUGAUGAUGCCCUAGAGAUGGCCAUAGAACAUGUUAGAGAUCGACCUAGUUGUUUGAAAAACCUGGAUGUUGAGGAAUAUGCUGCUGGAAAAUUUCGUCAAGACAAAAUUAAAAUUUUCUAUGAUAUUAAAAGAGAAUUGAUUCAAGGGUUUCAGGAUUGGCGUAAGCAAUAUGAAGAACCAAGUAAGGAUGAGGAGUUUUAUAUGAUUUCAGGUGAGACUGAAGAGACUCUUGCUGAAGGUAAAAUGGUCCAGGUUACCGUUCGCCGAGUUCAAGCCCAGAAAGCAAUAUGUGGGCUUGAAUCUGGAAUUACUGGAAUCCUUAUGAAAGAAGACUUUGCAGAUGACUGGAGAGAUAUAACUGAAUUAUCUGAUAGGCUACAUGAAGGUGACACUCUCACUUGUAAAAUCAAGUCAAUCCAAAAUAGCAGGUAUCAAGUCUCCCUUGUCUGUAAAGAAAGUGAAAUGAGAAGUGAUCGGUUACAGAACAAUCAUGAAGUUGAUCCCUAUUACCAUGAAGACCGGAGCUCCUUGCCGAGUGAGCAAGACAAAACUCAGAAAGAAAAGGAGAGUGCGGAAAAGUAUUUCAAGCCAAGGAUGAUUGUUCAUCCACGAUUUCGGAACAUCACGGACGAAGAAGCAAUUGAGUUUUUGUCAAACAAGGAACCCGGUGAAAGUAUUUUUCAUCCUCAUUCCCGAUGUCCUUCCUACCUAAAUUUGACUCUUAAAAUUCAUGAUGGAGUAUAUGCCCAUAAGAAAAUAGUCGAAGGCAGAAAGAAACUCGAGGAUAUCAAAAACUCACUUCAAACCGGAAAGACAUUUAAAAUUGGAGACGACAUUUUUGAGGAUUUAGAUGAGGUUAUGGACCGAUAUGUUGAUCCUUUGGUUACUCACUUAAAGACAAUGUUAAAUCAUCGCAAGUUCAGGACAGGUAUGACAACAGAAGUUGACAAACUUUUGAGGUUUGAAAAGGCGGAGAAUCCCAUGCGCAUAGCUUAUGGUUUUGGCGUCUCUCUUAAACAUCCUGGCACAUUUUUAUUGACUUACAUCAGAAGUAGUAAUCCACAUCAUGAGUACAUUGGUCUUUACCCCCAAGGAUUCAUGUUCCGCAAAAAGAUGUUCAAGGAUAUUGACAGGCUUGUGGCAUAUUUUCAAAGACACAUCGACGAUCCACAAAAAUGAUUCAGCAUCUUCCAUUAGAAAUGUAGAUGCAAUGGUGUCAAUAUGAAACCCUGCAAUUGGUGGCUCAUCAAGGGGCAUCUCUGGGUAGUGGUUAGGGUGGUUCUCAUUUGAUAUGGUUCCGUGUAAAAAAUACUUCUGCAAAGGUUUGUUUAGUCUUGAAAUGUGCUCUAACUCUAAUGAGCCUCAAAGUCUAACUCAGUUAAUUUUUUUUGUAACCAAAAACAUACACUAUUUGUCAUUACAGUAAACAUCAUUCAUUGUUAUUAACCCAUCUACGACGUUCAUGUCUUUCGACUAGGAA